UCCUGUCUGGUAGAAUUUAACUGAAUUUGGAGGAUGAAGUCCAACCUAAUGCAUUUGGUUCCCCCUGUGAGUAGGGACAGAAAAAUCUCCCAGUUUCCCAAGUGGUACACACCCGAGGCCUGUCUGCAGUUUAAAGAGCACUUCCAUGCACAGGUCAGGACUGCUUGUCAGCAGAGCACUGGAACAACGAGGUUGAAAAUAUCCAAAGUGGUUGUGGUGGGAGACCUGUACGUUGGGAAAACCAGUCUUAUUAACAGGUUUUGUAAAGAUAAUUUUGACCGACACUACAAGGCAACCAUUGGAGCGGAUUUUGAAAUCGAACGUUUUGAGAUAAUUGGAAUUCCAUACAACCUCCAGAUAUGGGACACAGCAGGUCAGGAAAAGUUCAAGUGUAUUGCAUCUGCUUACUACCGAGGAGCAGAGGUUAUAAUAACAGUGUUUGAUCUGGCUGAUAUCCAGACUUUGGAUCACACCAAACAGUGGCUAGAAGAUGCAUUGAGGGAGAAUGAGCCAGAUUCCAGCUUCAUCUUUCUAGUUGGAACAAAGAAAGACUUGGUGUCAGAUGCUGUGUGUGAAAGGACAGAGCUGGAUGCCAUCCGUUUUGCCAAUGAGAUGCAGGCAGAAUACUGGUCAGUUUCAGCCAAAACAGGGGAAAAUGUCAAAGAAUUCUUUUCCCGAGUUGCUGCCUUGGCCUUUGAACAGUCCAUGAUAAAGGAGCUGGAGAACACCCCUGGGCGCAUUGCCCAAAUUGGGGAAGGAAACCUCAUCAAACUGGAGAAGGACAUUAUGGAAAUCUCAGAAGACAAUGCUCAAGGCAGCCUGACUUGCUGCUAA